GCAUAUACCCCGUUCAUUGUUGUCUCUCAUCUCAAUCCUGCACAUACGCUUGCCUUUGAAUUUCCAUCUUGUUGCAGUCAUGAGGAUUACACUUCCCACUCUCUCUCUUGCAUUUGCACUUGCACUUGGUGUAGCUGCUGACUAUCAAACCGUCAACUAUGACGUUGGCAAUAUCAGCGCUAUUCUAACGACCCUCGACAACGACGUGCAAGGCGUAGUAGCCGGCACGCCUGGAUUAGGCUUUGCCCUGCAAGUGGAGCAGGACGCUGUUGUUCUCGACAAGAAGAUCCUCCAGACCAUUCAAGAUAUUAACGCAUCUCCUGCAUUUGGUACUGGCGGUUCUCUUGAAGUCGGGAUUAGCCUGCUCGCUCUUGAACCAAAAAUCAAUACAACACUUGCGGAUGUCGCCAGUAAGAAUAAGGCAUUCGGCGAUCUGGGAGUAAUUGUACUGGCUUCUUUGAAGCAGUUGAAAAAGGAUACCGACACCCUGGGACAACUCAUUGUACCUAAACUUGAUGCACUUGAACAAGCCCUCGCCCCAGCUAUUAUCAGCGGUAUCGACAAUGCGUUCGCCAAUGCACUUGCCGCAUAUCAGACAUAGGUCCGUGUUUUCAACUGUCUUUUGGGAACGAGGAACCCCGAGUUCGCGUCAAAAUACUUUACUCCUAUCGAAAAUAAUUUCAGUAUCGCCAUUCUACGAAUAACCUAA